AGACGGGCAGCCGCCGGACGUGCGCAUCCUCCUCAGCGAGGUGUACGGGCUGGCCGUCGUCGGCGGAGGCUUCGUCCUCGACCACAAGGGCCGCAAGAUGGGCAUCCACGCCGGCGAGGCGCCGUACCUGCAGGAGUGGAAGGCCGCGCUGCAGGCCGCGCUCAGCCUCGAGGGCGGCAGCGCCCCGCGUUCUCCAGGGCUUAAGUCGGACGACGGGGGCCAGGAUCCCGCCCGCCAGCCGGGCUGGAUCCCGCGGGUGGCGCUGAUGAAGUCCCCGAGGCAGGCGCGCUCGGACCAGGACGGAGGCGCCUCAGGAGCCCCCGC